UUGGAUGCGGUUUCCAUUCAAAGGACUGGUUUGGACUGGUACACGUAUAACGGUGAAAGAGCGGCUGCACGGCGGUUUAACUCGGGAUUUCCCGUUUCGAUAAACCGUGAUGUCACCGGAGACCGAAGUAUCAAGCGGAACAAAAGGAACUUGUUUAUUCGCAUCUGUGUGUACAAGAUAUAGUGGACUGAACUAACCAGCCCUGCUACACGAGCUAACGUUAGCUGUGUGUCUAACUAGCGAGCCGACCCAAAAGACUCCCUAUCACGCUAACGAUAAAAUACAGAGUCGUGAUCUUGCUGAGGAUUUCUGUGUUGGUACGCCACACUCGACAGGUCGCAGUUGCACAGAAACCCUCAUCCACGCAGCGUUAGUACACUGUUUACGUCGUGCACUUUACGUUAGUUAGCCUUAACUGCUUUACAAGCUAACUCGCUAGUUGCUCAGAUUAAAUAAGCUGUUAAGCUACUGAGGUGACGUUUGCCAAGUGGGUGAGCUGUUCGACCUUUGCGUGUCGGCUGAGUGGAGUUGCAUUUCUCUCCGCAAAUUAAACCCCAAAUACCGGAUUUUAGACGAACGAUGGAGUGAUCGUGAGCGGCACGCAGUAAAUAAAGCCUGUAACUUUUAAAGUAAGGCGAGACGAAGAUGUCCGCCAGCCGGCCAGUUUAACGAACUUGGUAUCCCGUUAGCCGAUGAGCAACGCAGCGUUUUUUGAACUUUCCAUCCCGGGCACUGACUAUAUGAAGUGGAUUCAAUCGCCGGCCGACUCCGUAAGCGUCCUUACCGCUGGCUUGUGUACAGAAACAGUUGCGCUGACCGUCUACUCGCCAUGGCAGCAGUGGUUAAUUACUCUCCACCGUGGUGGGUAAACCUCCUACACAGACUUCCUCAUUUCAACCUGCAGUUCAAGCAAACGAGCAGUGAUUUUCGACCAGAGGACUGGACAUAUCAGCAGUCCAUCUUGUUGCUGGGAGGCGUGGCCCUGGCAUGUCUGGCCCUGGACCUGCUCUUCCUGCUCUUCUACUCUUUCUGGCUGUGCUGCCGGCGGAAGAAAGGCGAGGAGCAGCAAAACGCUGACUGCUGCUGCACCGCCUGGUGUGUCAUCAUUGCCACGCUGGUCUGCAGCGCUGGCAUAGCUGUUGGUUUCUAUGGGAACGGUGAGACCUGUGAUGGAGUGAACCAACUGACGUAUUCUCUGCGGCAUGUCAACCACACUAUCACUGGGGUGCAGAUGCUGGUUUAUGACAGCACAUCCUCCUUGAACCAGACGGUGGACAACAAUCUGCAACAGCUUGAGGGCCAGUAUGCUGAACACACUGACUACAUGUCCAUCAUCCAGAAGCUGCAGGGCCAGCUGGACGAGCUGGUUAGACAGAUGGUGGAGAUCCCCUUCUGGGACAACAAGAACAUCUCCCUCGACAGGCUGGCUGUCAAGAUAGAGUUCUACGAUUGGUACAGGUGGCUGAGUUACUUAGGCCUAUUGCUGUUUGACGUCCUCAUCUGCCUUCUGGUGCUGUUUGGCCUCAUUCGAAACUCCAAAGUAACGCUCGUUGGAGUGUGUUUGUUAGGUGUCUUGGCUAUUAUCAUCAGCUGGGCGUCCCUGGGACUGGAGGUGGCUGUUUCAGCGACUGCCGGUGACUUUUGUUCUGCUCCUGACAUGUAUGUGACCAAAGUGGCAGACCAAUAUGGAGUCAUCAAUCAAGAUAUCCUGCAGUAUUACCUUGGAUGUACUUUGGAUCAAGUCAACCCUUUCCAGCAGAAGCUUUCAGGGAGCCAUAAAGCAUUAGUAGAGAUGCAGGAUGAUGUGUCUGAACUUCUGCGCUCUGCCACCAGAGAGUACGCUGAAACGAAGGGGAGUCUGGAACAGAUCCAGGGAGUGCUGAAUAACACAGAGAUCAGCCUGCAUCAGCUCACUGCCCUGGUGGACUGUCGUAGCCUGCACAUGGCCUAUGUCCAGGCCAUAACGGGACUGUGUUAUGAUGGACUGGAGGGUCUUAUCUACCUGCUGCUCUUCUCCUUCGUCACCGCUCUCAUGUUCAGCUCCAUCGUGUGCAGUGUGCCCCACACUUGGAAUAGCAAGCGGAGUGAAGAGGACAGUGAAGAUGACUCCCUGUCCCACGGAGGCAGGCAGAACCAUGAAAACCUGUACCGGGUGCACAUGCCUAGCCUGUAUAGCUGUGGCAGCAGCUACGGCAGCGAGACCAGUAUCCCUGCCGCAGCCCACACUGUCAGCAAUGCCCCCGUCACAGAGUACAUGGCUCAGAACACCAACUUCCAGAACCCACGCUGUGAAAACACCCCCCUGAUAGGACGAGAGUCUCCUCCCCCCUCAUACACCUCCAGCAUGAGGGCAAAGUACCUGGCCAACAGCCAACCAGAGGAAACCACCGCCCAGGCACACUAGACAACACUGGACCAGCCCUGCCCCCUGCUCUGACCACUAGUCUCAGUCUCUCUCUCUCUCGCUCUC